UAUCGUCCCGUUACAUUAAAAAAUUAUUCGUGCUGUGCAUGUACAGCUUCAAUUACUAUCGAAACAUUUUUUUUAGUCUUUUAGACGAAUGACUGUUGUGACCGUAUCGAAGAUCUGAUAACAAACAAAUCGAACGACAUUUUACCAAUAGAACUCGUGACAGAGUGAAAAUGGGUAUUAAAGAAAGUGCUCUCCCACUUAUAGUGUUGCAGGGUGUGUUGUUGAUUUUGUUUUUCAUUUUCGGGGAGUACAAAACGGAAUACGGUGAUGGUUCAAGCAAAUAUCCAAUAUUCCAGGAUGUCCAUGUUAUGAUAUUCAUCGGCUUUGGGUUUUUAAUGACAUUUUUGAAGCGUUAUGGAUAUAGCAGCGUCGGAUUUACAUUAUUAUUGGGUUCUAUUAUUAUUCAGUGGGCCCUGCUUUGCCAAGGAUUCUUCGAACUCAACGCCGACUAUAAAAUUGAAUUGGGAAUCGAAAGCAUUUAUAAAGCGGAUAUAGCCACUGCAAGUGUACUAAUUUCUAUGGGCGCUGUUUUGGGAAGAACUUCAGUUAUUCAGCUGGUGGUUAUGGGAUCGAUCGAGAUAGUGUUGUAUUGCUCCAAUUUGUAUCUUGGAUCAAAAAUAUUGAAGGUAGCAGAUGCAGGCGGUUCAAUAUUUGUUCACGCGUUCGGCGCUUAUUUUGGCCUGGCAGCGAGUUACGUGCUCAACAGGAAAAAGAAAGGAAAAUCGGAAACAGCCAGCUCUCUGCAGGAAUCCAGCUACACGUCAGACUUGUUCGCGAUGAUAGGAACGAUAUUCCUCUGGCUCUACUGGCCCAGUUUCAACGCGAUCGAAUUGAAAGGGGACGAUCAGCAGCGUGCGGUGAUAAAUACGUAUUUGGCUCUGGCUUCCUGUUGUGUGACCGCUUUUGCCGCCUCGCUUCUUUUCUCUCCUGAUCGUAAAUUCGACAUGGUCCACGUGCAGAAUUCCACCCUGGCCGGAGGGGUAGCCGUAGGGGCGAGUGCCAAUCUCAUGCUUCAUCCCGGAGGGGCCAUCGCGGUUGGGAUCGCAGCCGGAUUUCUGUCCGUUUGUGGGUACAGUAGAUUGACGCCCAUUCUUGAGAACACGUUCAGCAUCCCGGACACCUGCGGUGUACACAACCUCCAUGGCCUGCCCGCUGUGUUUGCUGGUUUAGUUAGUGGGAUCAUGGCUGGAAUUGCUUCUGAAGAUGUUUAUCAGAAAAGCCUUUACGAAAUAUACCCCGCUAGAUCUGACAAAGACAUCGCUGAUAUUAUUGGUACUAACGUCUUUCCAGAAGAUGGUCGAAAUGCUGGGCAGCAAGCUGGAUACCAAAUUCUAGGCUUAGUUGUUACUCUCGUCAUAGCUAUUGUUGGUGGACUCGUUACAGGGUUUGUAUUGAUCGGAAUGAAAAUUGGAGAUGUUCCUUCGAAAUCACAUUACAAUGAUGCUGCAUACUGGAAUUUACCAGACGAACUAACCCAAAAUAUAGAAAGCUUGCACAAUCCAUAUGACAACCCCAGUUUUGAGAUUCCUAAAAAUGAAGGAGUAAUAGAGGAAUAAUGGAGUUUAGGAUCCACGAUAACAGAUGUCGCAACAAAAAGUGAUACACACGUAUUUUCUGGAAAAUACAGAUUUGGAUUAUUUGUAAAUAGAUUUUUGAGCUGUCUUGUUUGAUGAUCUUGCAAACUUUUAUGAUCUAUGAAUUUCAUUGUGGAAUGUUUUUUUAUUUUUCAUAACGGACUGUAGAAAGAUGCAUACCUACUUUUAAUGUAUAAAUAGAAUCAAUAUCAAUUAAGGAAGCGCUUUGGUUUAUAUCGAUUUUUAAUUGGUUCUAAGAAAAGUAGAUGAAAAAUGUAUUUAAUAGGUUUAUUCAGUUAACUCCUCAAUGGUUUCAAAGUUGUAUUAAAGCAGUUCCCCAUAUACUUAUUAAGUAUUGUGAAAAAUGAGAAAUGUAAAUUUCCAUGUUUUUUCACCACUUGUAUUUGUUACUGAGGUAAGGAAGUUUCAUUUCUCAUUUUUCAUGGUGAUCUCCUACCACAUUGUUAGCUCUACAUCCAUCAAUUUAUUAAUUAAAUAUUGUAAUUUUGAAUGAAUGAGUGAGAAGUAAAUUAGCUACAGAUGCUUUAAAGAAA